CACCAGGUCGCUCCAGUUUGGUGCCAGCGCCUGGAGGCAGAGGCGUGGUGAAGGCUGUGCAGCCUAGGAUCCACCUAGUGGCUCUCGCUGGCGUCUCAACUGCGCAUGAACCAGCGCUGGGAGGCUCGGCUGGAGGUGUGACCAGGGCAGGGACAGACCUGGCCUGGAGCAGAAGAGCCCAGAGUCCCAUCCUGCCACGCUACAAGGAGGGAAGAAGGAAAGAUAUAGUGUCAGCAAAGAGACCUCCCUCGCCCCUAGGUCCCGCGCCCCCACGCCUCCCUUCAACCUCAGGGCAGUCCUGCCGCGACGGUGAGCGCAUUCAGCACCCUGGACAGCACCGCGGUUGCGCUGCCUCCAGGGCGGCCCCAGGCUGCUCCGGCUAGGAAGAGCAACGCCCUCCGCCCGGGUACCCCGGACCGCGCACUUGCCGCAGCUUUCCUCGCGCCGCUCUGGGCCUUGCCGGCCGGGUCUGCACCUCCCAGAAGCUGUGGGCGCGCCGCUCAGCCACUCCAUCGCCGCACUUUCUCAGGCCCGCGCCUGAAGAAGAGCCAUGAGAACCUCAGGGUGCCUGCAGAGACGCUAGCGCCAUGGGCCCCGGCGAGACCCUGCUAGCGGGGCUGCUGGUGAUGGUGCUGGCUGUGGCGCUGCUAUCCAACGCACUGGUGCUGCUUUGUUGCGCCUACAGCUCUAAGCUCCGCACUCGCGCCUCGGGCGUCCUCCUGGUGAAUCUUUCGCUGGGCCACCUGCUGCUGGCGGCGCUGGACAUGCCCUUCACGCUGCUUGGUGUGAUGCGCGGGCGGCCACCGUCGGCGCCCGGCGCGUGCCAAGCCAUUGGCUUCCUGGACACCUUCCUGGCGUCCAACGCGGCGCUGAGCGUGGCGGCGCUGAGCACAGACCAGUGGCUGGCCGUGGGCUUCCCGCUGCGCUACGCUGGACGCCUGCGACCGCGCGAUGCCGUCCUGCUGCUGGGCUGUGCCUGGGGACAGUCGCUGGUCUUCUCGGUCGCUGCACUUGGCUGCUCGUGGCUCGGCUACAGCAGUGCCUUUGCGUCCUGCUCGCUGCGCCUGCCACCCGAGCCUGAGCGCCCGCGCUUCGCAGCCUUCACCGCCACACUCCACGCGAUGGGCUUCGUGCUGCCGCUGGCGGUGAUCUGCCUCACCUCGCUCCAGGUGCACCGGGUGGCGCGCAGCCACUGCCAGCGCAUGGACGUCGUCACCAUGAAGGCGCUCAUGCUGCUUGCCGACCUGCACCCCAGUGUGCGGCAGCGCUGCCUCAUCCAGCAGAAGCGGCGCCACCACCGGGCCACCAGGAAGAUUGGCAUCUCUAUUGCGAGCUUCCUCAUCUGCUUUGCCCCAUAUGUCGUGACCAGGCUGGUGGAGCUCGUGCCCUUCGUCACCGUGAACGCCCACUGGGGCAUCCUCAGCAAGUGCCUGACCUACAGCAAGGCGGCGGCCGACCCGUUCACGUACUCCCUGCUCCGCCGGCCGUUCCGCCAAGUCCUGGCCGGCAUGGCGCGCCGGCUGCUGAAGAGAACCCUGCGCCCAGGGUCCACGCACAACAGCUCCCUGGACCUGGCCAGCAUGGUGCACCAGGUGCUGAAGAGAACCCCGCACCCAGCGUCCACCCACAGCAGCUCUCUGGAUGCAGAGAAUGAUUCCUGCCUGCAGCAGACACACUGAGGGCCUGGCAGGGCUCAUCCGCUCCACCUUCUAAGAAACCCUGUGGAAAGGGCACUGGCCCUGCCACAGAAACGCCACUGGGGACCCCCCAGACACCGGCGGCUUGAUUUUGAACUGAGGCGGAAGUACAGGAGGAAGAGGAGAGGCCCAGAUGUGGGUGUGGACAGCAGGAGCAGGGGAGGAGAGCUCCAGGCUCGGCCACCUGGCCGGGGACAGCGGUUUUUUCCUUUCUGAGCCUCGCCCUUGUUCUGGGGUCGUGGCGAUGCUUCGAGACGGUGGAUAGGGAAGCGUCUUGUGUGGCACGUGGUACCCGUGGGCGUCCUAUCAGUGACUGCUGUUCAUGUGGGUGAGGUGGUCACGCUUGCUCGGGGUCUCUUCUGCAGCCCGGGAGGGCACCUGUUACUCCCACCUGGUUAUUAGCAUUGUUCCGAUUUGUUCUCAGCAUUGCGCAGGUUUGGGAGAUAAAUGCCGGGGCAGAGUCUGGUUGGGGGCUCCCAGAGCUCACAUCUGAUAGUCUGUGGUCAGGGCCCGGCAGGCACAGGCGGCCCCUGGGACGUGCCCACCUCUGGGAGCCUAGAGGUCCCCAGCUCCAGGCCCAUCGUCUGUGACUGCCCGUGUGGACAAGCCGAUGGAGCCCGUCUCCUGCCUCCUUUUCCGUGGUUUGCCAGGGCUGUGGCAUCUUGACUGGGGAGGAUGUGGAGUCUGUGUGCUCCGAGCCUUUUCUGGUGGUGAUACCAUCAGAGCACAUGACCUCUGCUUCCUGCCCCAGAAGGCCACCUCUGGGCCUCUGGAUCCUAGACUUGAGAUGGUCAAGAGAUGGAAGUAGUAGCCAGGGCCCAGGUUCCAGAGAGGGUGGCCCAGGAUGGGGAGGGCCCUUGCUCCCCAGCAGCAGUGCUGGGGGAGCCAAGAGAAGGCGGAGUGCCCCUGAGUAGCUGUGUGCAUCACCCCCAGUUUAGUAAUUACAGGGUGCCAUUCCCCAGUGGGGGCACCCGCCAUCCAUGUCAUUGAAUGUCCCCACGGGACAGUGUGGAGGACUUUUGUGCACAUCUGUCCUAUUUCACAGCUCAGGGAAAGAAUGGUACACAGCGCACAUGGGCCCCCAGUGAAGAGGUGUGUGGGUAAAUGAGUGAGCGAGUGAAUGAAUGGACACGAUUCUCUCUUCAGCUUCUGUCAUUGCUGUUUUCUUCAAGGCCCAGGGCCAUCCCCUGCAGAGACAGGGUGGACUGCAAGACCUCAGCCCCUGCCUCAUGGGACUCUCUGAUGGGCUUCACCCGCAGGCUCUUGCAGGCGUGGAGCCUGUGUCAUGACACCCUACACCCAAGGCCAGCAAUGCAGGGAGAGCGUGGACAUCACAUUAUUUCCUUCCAGAGGCUGAAUUCUUCAAAGACACAUGUGGCUGUCACUUGCUCUUGGUAUUAACAGUGGAGAACCCAGCUGAGGUGGCUUCACAGAGUCUUUUCCAAAAAACAGGUGUUAUUAUUGUGCUUUAAAACAACUUUUUGAGACAGGGUCUGAAUCUGUUGUCUAGGCUAGAGUGCAGUGGUGCAGUCUCAGCUCACUGCAACCUCCGCCCCCCAUGCUCAAGCCAUCCUCCCCCCUCAGCCUCCUGAGUAGCUGGGACCACAGGCAUGGGUCACUAUGCCUGGAUAAUUUUUGUAUUUUUUUUGUAGAGAUGGAGGUCUCACUUUGUUGCCCAGGCUGGUCUUGAAUUCCUGAGCUUAAGUGAUCUGCCCACCUCAGCCUCCCAAAGUGCUGGGCUUAUAGGCAUGAGCCACCGCACCCAGCCAAAACCAGGUGUUAUUUGCUGACUUGCCAAUGCCUUCCUCAAAAGGAUAAAUUUAAAAAUGUUUGUAAAUCAUGAAGUGUAAUUCAAAUAAAACAAAUUAUUGUUUGGAAUAAUAGCAACUAUAGGUAUGUGGUCAGGAAGCAAUUAAAAACAUUAAAACACAGACCUGGCCAGUUCAAUCAAACCCAGGGGUUCCAGGCAGGAGGUGGGGCAGGUGGGCGUCACACCCUGGUUCGCAGAGGGCACAUGAACUUGAGACCCUGUUGCACCCCGGUGCCCCUGUGCUUACAAGAGAGGGCACUCGCACAGCAGAAGCAGGUUGGUCCCCAUUGUUUAAAGUUCCAGAGCCCAGGCUGUGAGCUCCUUGGCUGAGCCCUCUCCUGUCCCUGGGAGCUCCCCAGGUGCGAGGAGCCUGGCAGCCAGCGGGGCCUACCCUCCGUGUUAUUGCGUCUCCACCAGGCUAAAAUGCUUGGUCACUGUUUUAGCGCCACUCAAGGAAAGGCGUGCAGCCUGCCCUGCUGGAAGGCACCAUGGUUAGAGGGAGGCACGCUGUGUAUUAGAGACGGGGACUGCUUGCUAUCAUGUUUCGCCUUCCUCAGAAGCUCCAUGGGACGUUCUGGAACAGGCAUCUUAAGGCACUCCCUCCGCCCUUCUCCAUCAGCCCAUGUGGCUCCCACGCUGGGCUGUCCCUUGCCUUAGGCAUGGGGACUUUUUGUGUGUGUGUGUGUGUAAUUCAAAAGAUACUUUUCAUGUGCACUUAAAUGUGUUGCAAAAUGAUGCUGGGUCUCACGAAUGCUGUGAAUCAAUAAACAUCUUAUUCAGA